GUAGUCUGAACAGAAACAGUGCGUUCUUUGAAGUAGAAAUUACAGCAUCCGUCUGCCCGAUUUCUCCAUUAUUUGAUAUACACAUGCCAGUGGAGGUAUAGAGCCUAAAGGUUCAACAAACAACCUGAAGAUGGCGUCACAAGCUCCAGACGUCACAUCGAGCUGUCUGAUAUGUUUUGAGACAAGACCCCUGAAGAUAGUAGGGAACUGCAAACACAGCUUCUGCACGGAAUGCCUGUCAACUGUCCUUGAUAGCCUUGAAAGUGGAAGUGAGGUGUUCGCCUGUCCGUCUUGUAAAGUUGAGUGUCCACGACCUUGGGAUGGUGUGAAUGGAAUGGUGGAUUUCACAGGGAAUAUGGUAGAUGCCGUAGACACCGACACAGAACGUGCGGUUGUACCUGAGGAAGAUGAAAAAGAAUGCCAAGGACAAGAAACGAUUGAGAAUGCCGCAGAUGAUGUCAUAUGUGAUCUUUGUGAUUACAAGCAGAAGAAAGUGCCAGCAGUCAAUAUCUGUUCAGAGUGUGACAAUCUGAACAUCUGCAAAGACUGCUCUCAUGCCCAUGGUAUGAAUAAGGCCACCAAAGAACAUAUCUUGACAUCAUUACUGUUGAAAAGGCAGGGUAAAGUACCUUUGUGCAAAAUGCACCACAAACUACUCAUUCGUUUUUGUCGAACCUGCAAGGAACCAGUGUGUAAGAUUUGUGUCUUGCUUGAUCAUGGUGAUCAUGACAGUGAACAACUUGCAGACACCAUCCGGGCAAAUAUCGAUGUUCUGAAGGGAACCCUCAGACAAACGGAGGUAAAGUUGAAGAAGAUGCAAGAACUUCAGAAAGAGCUGACUCUCCUGAAAGCUAUGGCCCCAGUUGUUGACCAGCAGGCCACAUUGAUCAAAGAAAUUGAGGACCACGCUCAGAAGUGCAUCGACCAGAUCGUCAAAUGGAAGGAGGACUUGAAAAAACAAGUCAAAAUGGACUACAAAAUUGUCAGGGACAUUCCCGAGUGUUUGGAGAAGGUAAGAGGAGUGGUUCAGCGACUCCAGUCACUGAUUAACGGAGCAUCUCAAUUGCUAUCCAAGACUGAGCAUAAUCCAGUGUACCUUGAUCGAGUUAAAGAAAUUCAGCAGAGUUUGGAAGCCACUGCAACAGCUGGGGAUGAUGCUGAAGGAAGUGAAUUUCGAAAUCAACUUAUGGAUCUGAACUCACAGAACUACAGUUUUACCCCAGCAGUUGGACAAACUUGUUGCGGACAAAUAAGCAAAUCUUGUCAAGAAUUUCAACCAGAGGAAAUUUUUCACUAUAAGAUGCAGGUUGUUUCAGAGGAGAUGUUCAUUCCAUGCGUUGCUGUCCUAGGUCCGAAGUAUUAUGCUGUCGCUCAUCCAGUAAAACCUGACCAACCAGCAGAGGCAAUUGACAUCUACGAGUUCCCAGUGACACUGAAAAAUACACUUAGAGAUCACGUCCCUCCGUUGUAUGAUAUGUCUGCCACCCCUGAUGGUAAAAUUGCUGUCCUCUCUGAUGGUACAGGGGAUGAAACCUCCAGUGUCAAGUUGUUUGAUCCUGAGACUGGCUACAUCAGCUCCACACGGGACAUCCAUCUUACCAAACCUCUGUCACUGGGCGUCACCCUUAAACCGGAGUAUGUCAUCCUAGGCAAGACCAAAGAGGAACAGAAAGUGAUCACUGUUGUGGAUAAGGAUGGGCACAUGGAAUAUAAAACUGUACUUGAUCGAGACACUUAUGUAAACAAUUCCAAGAGGAUAACAUGUGGUGGGAAGUUCAUCUUUGUAAAUGGGUACUCUAAUGUUUCUGUCUAUGAGAUACAGGACACCGGACUACAGAGAAUAACAACUUGUCCUCCAAAAGGCAUUGCCAUGGGAAAUGUGAUGGAUGUAUUAGCAACAAUGUGGGACAAUCUCUUUCUAACUGAUGUUACUAGUGAAGAAGGGGAAGAAAUUGAAUAUGUUUAUCUUACUCGUCUCCAGGAUAAAGAAAACAAAUUGGAAUGGAAAGAGUUUGAUUAUUAUGAGAUUGCACACAUGAACGUUAGACGAGCAGACAAUGAAGCCAGGGUUUCCACAAGAGAUGGUCACAUAGUUGUCAUGUCACACGGUCAGACAAUUAAAGUGUUCAAGUGCUGAUAGCUAAUACUAUCAACAAUAGGGUUCCAUGCCAGAUUAGCCCUCAUGAUGUCACCUUGGACUUCAUUGGAUCAGUUAUUACUGUGAACCUUGAGAUGUUUGCGACUACAGAGAGCUUCCCUGAUAAGGGCGCCUAGUUCUUAAACAGUCAUCAGUGCCGGUGUUUUUGAGCGUUUCCAUUUUAUUAUUUGGGAAGUGUUUCCUAUCAUUGUUUGGGAAGGAUACAAUAGGUGUCUCCAGCUGGAUUUUGUUUGAAACCCGGAGUGGAAUACGGGGAACAACCAAAAACGUUACACCGGCAUGACAAUUAGACGCAUCCUUCUUUUAUUGCAUAAAAUCUUUGUUGGUGCUGUCACAAUUGAGAUAUAAGUGUAGUACUUUUAUGAAA